ACUUUGGUUGAGAAGGGCAUGGGGUUGAGUAAUGGCGCCAAUUUGGGGACUGGCUAUUCCACUGCCACCAUAUCUCAGCCUUCUACUAUUAUUUAGUUUCCUUGUUAGUGGGGUCUGGGUACUGUUUUCUAGGUGCAGGGGUUGGAAGCAGGUGGCAGCUGAGACAGACUCAGAGACUUCAAACCAGCAUAAAUCGAAAAAGAUCCAGAAACCCACAGUUCCACAGUUGGAAGAAAACAUCAGGAUGGAUUGCAUUGAAGCUAAUCCAACAUGUAUUUCAGAACUCCCCGUGAGCUGGACCCAGGAUUAUAUACUCUGGUCAAUGGGCAAGAGUCUUCAACAUAUCUUCCAACACCUGGAAAAUGCAAGAUCAAGUCUUAUGGAACUGGGUUUGCCUGAACACCAGGAUGUGACUUCUUCCUCCUCUUCCUCCUCCUCUAUUCUUGUGGCUCAGGAGGCUGUUCUACCCAGUUGUGACUGUAUGAAGGCAGAACUUUCUACUGACAAUGUUAUCUCCUCUGGAUCAUCAAGCACCAGCUCCAGCCUGUCUUACCUUCCUAUCUUUUCUGAAGGAAGAACUUGGCAAUUCCAGAGCAAAAGUUUACCUGUUUCUCCUCAAAAGCAAUCAUCUGUAUUCAGGAACCAGGACACAUCCCUGCCCCCUUUUUGGCUAUCAGAGCCUGAGAAAUCAGAACUUUUUCAGAAUUUGGCAGCUCUUUCAUCUCUGAAGCCUCAAAAUUCUUUUAUUAACUCUAUUUUUGAAUCCCAAGGUCACUGCAAACAACAACAGAAAACAAAAGAUAAGAAAAGGAGCAAGAGUCAUUUGGUAGCAGAUGAGGGGCCAAAUUCGGUUUCAGAAGAGAGAUCACAACUCCCAAGUUGGGCUCCACUCCAGCUUUCUCCUUUGGCUAGAGGAGAGCUAGAAGGGCAUAUGUCUUGGAAGGUCUGUACUUUGCGGGAACAAAUAGUGCCCUCACCUGUGAAGGAAUCAUGGGCAAUGCUGAAUUAUUUAAUACAAGCAGGAGUCCCUGGACCAGAGAAUACCCAAACUCAAUUAUCUAUACCUAUUCAUCAAAGCACUGAGCAAAAUACCAAUAAUAAAUCCCCAGACCUUCCAUCAUUUCAGCUCCAUGUGAACAUUGGUGUGGAAUCUGGAUUAAAUAGGACAGAAACAAAAAUUUCACAGUCAUUUAUCUCAAAUAAGCAGUUACAACCUGGGGAUGAUCCCCAAAUUCUUGGAUCUAAGCAUUUAGUUAGGUCAAUGGGCUCUCCACCUCCCAGAAGUUUAGGAGUUAACAUAAUUCAAGAAGAAGCCACUUUAUUGAAGAAGGAUCCAAAGCAUGUGCUAGAGCUUAGUAUAGAACAGAGAGUCAUAGGUCUUCCAGAAAAAAGGAUACAGCAGCAUAAGACACAAGUGACUGAUGUGGAGCUGACCCCAAGGUUACCAUAUCAAGUCACAGAUAACCUAAAGGUAACUCCAUUGGCAUUGCUUCAGGUCAUGAAUUCAAUGGGAAUGAUCCCAGAAUCACAUUCAGAUGUGAUAGAAUCUAUGAGUUUGUUUCCACAGCCGCCAAAUCAAGUUGUAAAACCAAUCCAGCCCAAGGAAAUAAUGAGUAUAACCCCCAAAUCACCAAAUCAAUUAAUCAAGUCAAUGGAGAUAACCCCAAGUCCUCAGCAACAAGAUGUGGAAUCAGAGAGGAUGAACUCAAGACGGAAUCGGGUCCCAGACAAUGUGAAGAUAACUCCUGUAGCAUUGCUUCAAGUCAUGGAUUCCAUGGGGAUGACUAGCAAAUCGCAUCCACAUAUCAUAGAAUCCAUGAGAAUGAUCCCAAAGCCACAACAUCGAGUCAUGAAGUUAGAGAAGAUGGACACAUUGUUGGACCAGAAAACCAUAAAACCAGAAGAGAUGAGUCCAAGGCCACAACAGACAGUGAUGCAAACUAUAGAAAUGAGUCCAGGGCCACAGCAUAAAGUCAUGGAGUCAGUGAGCAUGACCCCGGGGUCACAAAGUCAAGCCAUGGAACAAGUGAAGACUACUCCAGAGCCAGUACAUAAGUACACAAAACCAUUGGAAACUGUCUCAACACCAUUACAUCAAGUCAUGGAUUAUAAGAAAAUAACUCCAGUGGUGUUACUACAAACCAUGAAUGCCAUGGGGAUAAUUCCAUUAGCACAGCCACAUGUUACAGAAUAUGGGGGUUUGACCCCAGAUUCACAGUCUCAAAUUACAAAUUUGACCCCAAGGUCAACUCAACCAGUUGGUUUAACUUCUUCCCUUAGCCCUCCUACAACUCUUGCCCCACUAAAAGUUGUAGAAUCUGUGAUUUUACCUCCAAAGCUACCACCUAACAUCACAAAAUCAGCAAGAAUGAUUCUAACACCAUCAUAUCAAUCUGUACAUUCUGUAAAGGUAACUCCCGUAGCAUUGGGGUUGCCCUUUGGAAUGAUCACAGUACCACAGUCACAAGUUAUAGAAUCUCAGAGUUUGACCCCACAGCCAAUAUCUCAAGUCAAGGAAUCUUUGGAAUUGACUUCUGGGUUACAGAGCCAAGUGCACAACUCAGUGAACAUGACUUCAGAACCACAGCAUCAAGGCACAGAAUCUAUGUCGUUAACUUCAAGAACAUCUCAUCAGGUCAUGGAUCCUUCAAAGUUGAGCCCAUGCUGUCAAGUCCUGGAAUAUUCAGAGAUGAGCUCAAGGCAAAACCAUAAAGUAACAGAAACUAUGGGGUUGACCACUGACACAUGGCUAAAAAUGAGCAAAUCUACACAGCUGACAGAGUCACACCAUCAAAUAAUGGAAUCUUUGGGGACAAUCCCAGGAAAACCAGGUCAAGGUACAGAAUUUGUAGGAAUGAACCAAAAGCCACUGCAUCAAGUCACAGAAUCUGCUGUAAUGACUACUACAUCAUUGCUUGAAGGUGUGAAAUAUAUGGAGGUGAAGCCAAAGUCACAAGUUAAGAUUGUGGAGUCUAUGAAAUUAUCCCCAGAAUUGCAAGAUUUAAAAUCUGAGAACCUGGUCCUAGGACCAAGGUUGCAAAGUAUGAAAUCUGUAGAUACAACCACAGGUUUAGUUCCACAAGUGGCAAAAUAUGGACAGCUGACACCAACUAUAAAAUCUACAAGCUUGAUCCCAGAGUGUCAAUGGCAGAGUAUAAAAUCUAAAGAGUUAACCUCCAUACCACAGCUGCAACAAGGUGAGAAAUCUAUGCAGUCAGCCCCAGAGUCUCUGCCUCAAGAUGUGGAAUCUAUCCAACUCGCUCUAGGACCACAACUGCAAAGUGUAAAAUCUGCUGAGUUAACCCUAGCACCACAGUUGAUAAGUAGGAGAACGAUAGAUUUGAGCCCCCAUUCACAGUAUCAAGAUAGAGAUUAUGCUCAUUUGGACCUACCACCAGAGUUUAAAGAUACAAAAACUGUGGAAUUGACCCUAAAGACACCACUGGAAGAUAUAAAACCAUCAGUACAAAAUAUCAGCUCUGAGAAGACAGCCCCAGUAGCAUUGUCUAAAGAUGUAAAAACUCCCCAAAUGGUAGAAUAUAGAAGAGUAAUUCCUGAGUCACAAGUGCAAAGUGUGAAAUUUGGGGAAGUAAUCCCAGGUAUACAACUUCAAGCAGUGAAAUCUGUAGAGUUGAACCUCAAACCAGAUUAUCAAGCCCUAGAGCCUGAAAGAUUGACUCCAUGGCAUCAAGUCUCAGAAUAUUUAGGAAUGAUCCCAGAGCCAAAACAUCAAGGCACAAAGGUAAAACUUACCUCUGACAUUUGUCACCAGGUAGGAGAAUCUGUUGGGUUGACACAACCAUAUUUAGAAAUUACCCCAGUGCCAUUAACAGAAUCUAUGAAUAUGAGUCCAACAUCAUUCAAAGACACUUGUGAGACUGUGUUCCAACUUGUAAAAGUGAUGGAGGAGACUCCAGAACCACAACACACAAUAAAACAAUCUCUGGACUUGAUACCAGGAUCAGAGGUGCAAAAUGUAAAAUCAAAGAUGUUGACCCCAGAGCCACAGUCCCAAGGUAGGAAAUUUGUUCCUCUAAAUACACAAUCACAUUCAGAAGUUACCAAAUUGUCAGAGAUACCCUUAAAGGCAGAAUCUGAAGAUGCAGAAACCAUGGGGUUGGUAUUCUCUCAAGCUGAUAAGACCCAGAGGGCUGUCCCAGAACUAUAUUCUCUGGGGUUGACUCUAGGAUCAGAAAUACGCUAUGAAAAAUCAGGGUCAUUACCACAAAAUUUGAAAUCUGUUAAACUAAAUUCUGAGCCACCCCCACUAGUGGUUGGAUCUAAAACUUUAAUUACAGGAUCAAAACCAUAUCUUACAGACUUGAUCUCAGGGCCACAACUCCAGGGAGUAAAGUCUAAGCAAAUUGAUCCAGAGUCUCAGUGGAAAGGUGCAAAAUGUGUGCAUUCAGUCCAACAGUCAACUACCAGAGUGGCAGAAUCUGAGAAGCCAAAACCAGAGCCAGGGAUACAAGGUACAUUAUUGGAGGAAUUGACUAAGGGAGCACAGAAACACAGUGUGAAAUCUGCAUAUUUAAAUCUAGGCCCAUGGCAGCCAAGUGUCAAAUCUUCUGGAGUGACUCCAGGUCCACAGUUGCAAAGUGUUAGAUUUUCCAACUCAUCUCCAGAUACACUUCUUCAAGAAGAACCUAUGGAUUUACUCUCAGGGGCUCCACAUUAUAGUGUGAAAUCUGAUGAAAUGACCCCAGGUUCCCCAGUACAAGAAAUCAUCAAAUUAUCUGAUUUUAUCACAGGGACAAAGCAUCAAAGUGUCAAAUCAGUACCACUGAUUCCAGAACCACAGCCUCAAGGUGUGAAAUCUGUGGAACUAAGCCCAGGACCAAGCUUGCAAGAUGUCAAAUUUUCUGAUUUGAUCCCUGAGCCAAAGCAUCAAAGUUUCAAACGUAUACAGUUUAUACCAAGGGAUGAGCUUCAAGAUAAAAAUUUUCUAGGGUUUGUACCAGAAUCAUCUUUGCAGUUAAGCCAACAGCCACAGGUUGAGGAUAUGAAAUCUGUUAUGUCUACUGAAGGAUCACAGUUUUACAGAAUGAAAUCUAUGAUAUUGACCUCGAAACUACAAAGUGAAAAACCUGAGGAAGAAAAUCUAGAGCUAUGGCAGCAAGAUACCAAAUUUUCUGGAUUGACCUCAGGGCCAAAGCUUCAAGGUGUCAAAUUUGGGAAGCAAACCCCAGGGUCAGGGAUUGAAAUGACUCCAGAGUUAGGGCUGCCUGAUUACAAAUUAACAAAUGUGUCUUCAGGGCUUCCAGACAUUAAACAGGCUGGGCUUAACAUAGGGCCAUGCCUACAAGAUGUUAAAUUUUUGGAUACAACAUCAGGAACUCAACCUCAAAGAGUGAAAUCUUCACAGUUAAUCUCAGGGCCACAGCCUCAAGGUGGGCAAUUUUUGGAGUUCACCUCACAGCCAGAGAGGCAAGGGUCUAAACCAGAGUUGUUAGUACCAGAACCACUGUUUCAAGAUGUAAAAUACGUAACAAUGAACCAAGUGCCACAGUUUGAAGGUGAAAUUUCUUAUAAAUUAGUCCCAGAGCCACAGAUAGCAUAUGCAGAAUUUAUGGAGUUGAUUCCUAGGAUGCUGUUAUCAAGUGUAAAUCAUAAUGAGUUGGCCAGAAGACUACAGUCACAAGGUAUAAAAUCUGAAUUAGUCCAAGUACCACAGUUGGAAAAUGUAAAACCUGUGGAACAGACUCCAGUCUCAAAGCUUCAAGACUUAAAAUCUGAGAAACCAAUCCCAGAAACACAGCUAGAAGAUAAGAUAUCUGUGGAACUAGUCCCAGGGCCACAUUUGGGAAAUACAAAAUCUGUGCAGUUAACACCAAAGCCAGAGCUGGGAAAAGUCAAAUCUAUGGUGUUAACUCCAGGGCCACAGGCAGAAAGUGUGAAACCUAAGGAGCUCACCCUAGCUUCAAAGAUUCAGGUUUUAGGAUCUGCAUCACUACCUUCAGGACCACAGUUGGAAAAUAUAAAAUCUGUGGUCUUAAUGCCAGAACCAUGUCAGGAAGGUAUAAAAUCUAUGGAGAUAACUCCAAGUUCUCAAAAGGAAGGUGUGAAAUCCAUAAAGAUUACCUUGGGACCACAGACAAAAGAUUUCAACUCUGUGGAAUUUGCCCCUUAUUGCAAGGUUGAAGAUAUGAAAUCCAUGGAGUUGACUCCAGGUUCAAAAAUUCAAGAUUUGAAAACUGUGGAGUUGGUCCCAGGUAUACAGAAUCAAGAUAUAAAAGCUAUGGAAUCAAAACAUGGCUCAAAGAUGCAAGAUGAGAAUUCUGUGGCUUUUGUACCUGAGCCAUUGCUUCAAGGUGUUAAAUCUAUGGAGAUUUCUCAACAACCGGAACUGCAAGGUAUUAAGCCUAAGGAAUUGGCUUUAGAGCCACAAAUGCAAGAUUCCAAAUUUGUGGAAAUUACCCCAUGUUUUAAGAUACAAAAUUUAAAAUUUGUAGAGGAGACUCCAGAUUCACAGCUGCAAUAUGAAAAAUCUGUGAAGUUGACUCCAACAGUAAAAAGGCAGGUGAGUGUAACCAGAAGAGAAGGAGUUCAAGAAGUAAAAUCUGUGGACUUAGCCACAAGGCAACAGUUUCAAGGGAUGGUACCUGUGGAUUUAACUCUUGGGCCUGAGCAGGAUGACCAGAUAUUUAUAAAUUCACUGGAGAGGACAUGUGUGGAUUUAGAGCAACCAAAAAGGGGAUCUGAGUCAGAAAGUAUAAUAUCUUUGAAUUUAAAAGGGCCCAAAUCUAAAGGUAUAAAAUCUCUAGACCUCAACUCUGAGCUACCACUGAAAGAUACAAAAUCAUUUGAAUUGGCUCCAGAAUCAAUUAUUCAAGAUGUAAAAGAGAGAGAGUUCAAAUGUGAACCUCAGCUGCAAAGUAUAAAAUCUUCCAAGUUGACCCCAGGACCACAGUUGUACCAAGUGAAACCCUUGGAGUCAACUUUAGAGCCACUGCUUCAAGAUGCGAAAAUUGUGGAGUUAGACAAAGAACUGCAGUCUGAAAGUAUAAAAUAUAUUAACUGGAUACCAGAACCAGAGUACCAAGGUGUGAAAUCUGUAGAAUUAAACUUUGGGUCACAAUAUCAAAGUGUCAAACCUGAAGAAUUAAAAACUUCAGAAGUGAUGCCAUCUGAAUUGUCUAUAGGGCCAAAAUUUCAAGAAGCAAAAUCUAUGGAGCUUAAUCAUGAGCCACAGUUGCAGUGUAUAAAAACCUCUACACUGACUCCAGGACCAGAGGUACAAAAAAGGAAAAUUUUUGCAUCAACCUCAGAGCCACAGCUUCAAGGUGUGAAAACUGUGGAAAUACACCAAAGGCCACAGCUUAGAAGUAGGAAAUCUGUGCAGUGGAUACCAGGACCUGAGUUCCAAGGCCUGAAAGCUGUAAGAUUAAAUCUUGGGCCACUAUCUCAACGUGUUAAAUCUGCAGGAUUGAAAACUUCCAUAGACUUGAAAAGUACAAAAGUAUGUGAACUGACUCUAAGGCCAAAACUUCAAGGUGCAAAAUCUAUGGACUUUAACCUUGGGCCUCAUGGUCAGUGUCUGAAAACUCCUGAGUUGUCCCCAGGACUAGAGCUGCAAAAAGGGAAAAAAAUUUCAACCUCAGAGCCACAGCUUCAAGGUGUGAAAGCUGUGGAGUUAGACCAAGGGACACAGCUUGGAAGUAAGAAGUCUGUUCAGUGGAUUCCAAUAUCUGAAUUCCAAAAUAUGAAAUCUGUGGUAAAUCUUGAGUCACAAUCUUGGAGUGUCACAGCUCUAGAGUCAAAAUCUUCAAUACAGUUAAGAGAUGUGAAAACAUAUGAUUUGACUCAAAGGUCAAAGCUCAGAAGUGUACAACCUUUGGAAUCACUCCAGGAGUAUCAGCCUCAAAACUUCAAAUCUAUUGAUUUGAAAUCUGAGCUGCAGUUGAAAAGUACAAAAUCACGUGACCCAACCUCAAGGUCAAAACUCUGUGAUAUAAAAUCAAUGGUGUUCAAAUCUGGGCUUCAUUUGCAAAGUUUAAAAUCUUCAGAGUUGACCUCAGGACAGCUGCAGGAAGUGAAACCCUUGGAGUCAUCCCCAGGAACAGAACCUCAAGGUGUGAAGUCUCUAGUGUAUACACAAGAGCCACAACUUUCAGGGGUGAGAUCAGAGAUAAAAAGUCAAGGGCCACAAUUACAAAAUGAUAAACUUGUAGAGUUGAACUCUGUAAUACACUUGAAAAGUAUAAAAUCAUCAGAAUUGGCUCUUCAGACAAAGCCUCAAGGUAUGAAAUCUGAGGAGUUCAACUCUGGGCCCCAGAGGCAGAGUGUAAAAUGUUCUAAGUUGACACCUGAGACAAAGUCCCAAUAUAUGAAAGGUACUGAGUUAAGCCCUAGUUCACAGUUGAAAGGUAUACCAUAUUCUGAUCUGACAGAGAGAACCAAGAUUCAAGGUGUCAAAGCUAUAGACUCUAAACCUAGGCCUCGUUUGCAAGGUGUAAAAUCUAAUGAGCCAAUACUGAGGACAAAGCCUCAAGAAGUAAAAUGGGUGGAGUUGAACUUGGGCCCACAGUUGCAAGAUGUGAAAUCUUCUAAAUUGAUCACAGGAAUAAAGCUUCAAGAUGUAAAAUCUAUGAAUUUCGGUUCCAGACUACACUUACGAGGCGUGAAAUCUUCUGAAAUGAUCACAGGGAGAAAGCUUCAAGAUGUGAAAUCUGUAGAAUUCAAAUCCACUCCAAAGUUGCAAGAUGAGAAAUCUGAUUUGACCCUGGGGAGGAAGCUUCUAGGUAUGAAAUCUGUAGCGCUAGACUCAGACCCUCAGUUACAAGAUAUGAAAUCUUCUGAGCUGAUCAUGGGUAUAAAACUUGGAGGUAUAAAAUCUAUGGAGUUCAGUUCUAGAAAAUUCCUUAAAAGUAUAAAAUCUUCUGAGAUGAUACCAGGGACACAAUUUCAAGUUGUUCAAUCAGUGGACUUCAACUCUGGAUCACAAAUACAAGGUGAAAAAUCUUCUGAGUUGAUUGAAGGGAUGGAAUUUCAAGAUGUGAAGUCUGUAGAGUUUGACCAUGGUUCAAAGCUACAAGGUGUGACAUCUGAGUUAAUACCAGAAGCAAAGCUUCAAGGUGAGGAAUCUGUGAAAUUCAAUUCAGGCCCCCAGUUGCAAGAUGUGAAAUUUUCUAAGCUGAUCCUGGGGACAAAACUUCAAGAUAUUAAAUGUAGAGGGUUCAGUUCUGGACCAUACUUACAGGGUGUGAAAUCUUCUGAAGUGAUCCCAGGGUCAAAGCUUCAAAAAGAGAAAUCUGUGGGAUUAAUUCCUCAGCCACUGUGGCAAGAUGUGAAAUCUCUUGAAUUGUGUCUAAGUAAGGUACAAGAUAGGAAAUCUUUGGGGUUCAAUUCAUUCCCACAGUUCCAAAAUAAGGAAUUAUCCAGGUUGACACCAUGUAUGAAAUCUAUGGAAUUUAACCCAGGAGCGAAACUCCAAGGAGUGAAAUCUGAUUCCGUAAACCUUCCAAUAGAGGUCAACCAUGGCUCAGAAUUACAGGUAAAACACUCUGAACUGCCCUUGGAAUCAAAGAUUUAUAGUGUGGUAUCUUCUGAAUUCAGUACCGGAAAUCAGCCAAAAGAUGAGAAAUCUCAUAAAUUGAAUCAAUGGCCACAGUUUCAAAGUGUAAAUUUUAUGGUUUUCAAUCAUGAGCCACAUUUGCAAGGGAUAAAACCUUCUACCUCAGAUGAGCAAUCUCAGAAAUUCAAGAAUAAGCUUAAAUUGAAAGGUGAGGAAUCUUCUGAACUGAAUCAAGGGUCACAAACUCAGUAUAAAAAUUUUAUGGCAUUUGACACUGGGCCACAGUUAGAAAGUUCAAAAUCUUUUGAAUUUAUACCUGGGUCAGAGCUUCAAGGAGUAAAAUCUCAGAUGUUCUGCUUUGAACCACAUUUUCAAGGUGUGAAUUCUGUAUCCCUUCCAAAGCCCAAACCCCGGUGUGAAAAUUCUACUGGGUGCCACCCUGGGCCACAUUUUCAAGGUGUGAAUUCUGCAUCCCUUCCAGAGCCCAAACCCCAGUGUGAAAAUUCUAUUGGGUGCCACCCUGGGCCACAUUUUCAAGGUGUGAACUCUUCUUCUGUUCCAGGGCUGAAACUUCAGUGUGUAAAUUCUAUUGGGUGCCACCCUGGGCCACAUUUUCAAGGUGUGAAUUCUGCAUCCAUUCCAGGACCCAAACUUCAGUGUGAAAAUUCUACUGGGUGCCACCCUGGGCCACAUUUUCAAGGUGUGAAUUCUGCAUCUCUUCCAGAGCCCAAACUUCAGUGUGAAAAUUCUACUGGGUGCCACCCUGGGCCACAUUUUCAAGGUGUGAAUUCUGCAUCUCUUCCAGAGCCCAAACCCCAGUGUGAAAAUUCUACUGGGUGCCACCCUGGGCCACAUUUUCAAGGUGUGAACUCUUCAUCUGUUCCAGGGUCCAAACCUCAGUUUGUAAAUUCUAUUGGGUGCCACCCUGGACCACAUUUUCAAGGUGUGAAGUCUUCUGAGUUAACUCCAAUUGCAAAAUUUCAAGGUAUAAAGCCUUGUGAGUUGAAUUUAGAGAGGGAAAAAACUAUGAUAGUUAACUCUGGACUACAUUCACAGGAUUUGAAAUCUGAACUGACUCCAGGGUCAAGGUUGAAAUCUGAACUGACUGCAGGGUCAAAAUUUCUAGGUUUAGCACCUAUGGAAUGCAGCCCUGGACCACAUGUACACUGUGUAAAUUCUUCUAAAUUAAAUUCAGAGCCAAAAUUAGAAUUUAUAAAGUCCAUGGAAUACAAACAUGGGCCAGUAUUGCAAGAUAUUACAACUUUUGAAUUGACUUCAGGAAUAAAAAUUCCAAGUAUGAAAUCUGAAUUUCACCUAGGGCCAGAGCAACAAGGCAUGGAAUCUGUUUUAUUCAACUCUGUACAACAUGUACAAGAUAUAAAAUGUGAAUUGACUUCAGGGACAAAGUUCCAAAAUGUGAUACCAAUGGAGUUCAACUCUGAUCUUCAACUUCAAGGUAUGAAUUCUUCCAACUUGAAUUCAGAAUUUGAACGCAUAAAUUUUAAGUUUAGUCCAGGGCCACAGGUGCAAACCAUGAAGCCCUCUGAACUGAAUCUUGGGUCAGAAUCUCAAGGUACAAAAUCUGUUUUGUUAAACUCUGGGCCCUACUUGCAAAGUAUGAAAUCAUCUGAGUUAACUGCAGAAACAAAGUUUCAAUUUUUGGAGAACCAAUUUGAGUCAGAGCAGCAAGUUGUACAAUCUCUGUUCACUUUGGGUCAUCAGUUAAAUGGUGUGCAAUCUUUACACCUGCAUACAGAUGUACAGUCUACAGAGAUGAGUAAAGAGCCAUUGCCUUUUGGCGAGAAUUCUGUAAAAUUGAUUUCAGGCCCUGGGCUUCAGGACUUGGAAUAUGGGGUAUAUGCGGUAGAACCACGUUUUCAAAGAGUGAAAUCUGUGGAAUUAAACACAGAGUCACAUCCUCAAGGUAUGAAUUCUGAGAAGUUGCCUUUACACCUCAAGCAUCACAGUAUGUUUGCACCAAAGCCAUAUUGUCAGGCUAUGACAUCUCUGGAGUGGAAACCAGGGCCACAACUUCAAAGUGUAAAUUCUUUAGGGUUGACAUCAUGCCUCAGUUCUCAAUGUGUUAAACCUGUGAUCUUCACACCGAACUCAGGUUUUCAAAAUGUAAAACCUGUGAAUCUGAGGCCAAGGUCCCAGCAAUAUGAAGAUAUGGACUGCCAAGAGUUGACUUUAGGUGUAAAAUCAGUGAUGUUGACACCAAAACCAAAUAGUGAGUUUCUAACAGGACCAGCAUUGGCUAGUGUCAAAUUUUCAAAUUUGUUUCCUGAAUCACAGCAACAAGAUGUAAAAACUUUGGAGUUUACUCCAGAGCCAAAGUUGCAAAGUAUAAAACAUCUGAAAUUGUCUUCAGUGUCUCUGCAGCAAACUGUAAAAUCUGUGGAGUUAGCACCUAAGUCACUGCCUCAAAAACAGAAAUCUGGUAACCAAACUCCAAGAAGUGAUCAAACCACAGAAUCCUCUGAAGUUAUCUCUGGCCCAGGGAAACAGAUUGUAGAAUAUUCAGAGAUGAUCCCAAAGCCAAAGCAGCAAGUCCCUACAACUGUGAAUUUUAAUUCAAUAUCAAUUUACCAAGCCCCAGAAUCUCCAGAAAUGACACAAGAGUUGGCACAAAAAGACACAGAAACUGUGGAGAAAUCUGUGGGAUUGACCUCAAAGCCAACAGAUAAAGCCACAGAAUUUUUAGAAAUGCCUCUACAGCUAGAUCUUCAAGUACCAGAAUCUGUUGAUCUGGCUUCGGUGCUAAGGGAUCAAGGCUCAAGAUCCUUAAAAUUAACCUCAGAGAAAAGCUACCAAAUCCCAGAAACUCUGGGGAUGCUCUCUCAAUCAUGGCCUCAAGUUAAGGAUUUGGGGGAGUUAUAUAUAAAACCAUUACAGCAAGUUAUAGAACCUGAAGGGAUGAUCCAAGAAUUCAAGCAUCAUGCUACAGAAGAUAUAGGGUUGAUCUGUGAAGCAAGGUUGCAAGGGAAAGAAUUUCUUGGAACAACCCCAAAGACAAUAAGUCAAACUACUGGAUAUGCUGAGAACUCUCCAAAGCACUAUCCUCAAACCUUAGAACCUGUGGGGAUGAUCUCUGAGAAAAGAAUGCAAAGGGAAAAAACUGAAAUAUCAUUGCCAAAGCCAUCAUAUCAUGUCCCAGAUUCUGCUUCAGGGAUGACACCAUGGCUAGGACACAUUCAAGGUCCUGAAUCUGUGGAGCUUACUUCUGAGGAACCUAUGGAAUUGACCCCAAAGUCACAACAUCAUGUGGGAUCUUUAGGAAUAUCAUUAGGGUUAGGAGAUAAAGUCCCAGAAUCUGUAACUCUGAUCUCUAAGCCAUCACUGGAAAUGGAGGAAUCUUUAAAGUUGGCUCCAAAGCAAAAAAGUCAAGUUGUGGGACAUGCAGAAUCUAUAGAGCUCAACUCUGAGACAUGGCAGCAAGAUAAGGUAUCAAGUGGGCUAACAAAGUCACAGAAUCAAAGAAGAAAAAAUUCAGGGAUAGCUCCAGCAGGACCACCGAGUCAAAUUAUAAAAGGUAAGAAGAUUAGUCCAAAACCACUGGAUCAUGUCACAUCACAGAUUCAAGUUGCUCAAUUAGUAGGGGUGAUGCCAGCAGCUCCCCCAAAAGUUGUAGAAUCUGUAAAAGUGACCCCUAGGCCACCACUUCAACUUGCGGAGUCUGUGGCAACACCAGGGCCAAAACCUCAAAUGGCAGAAAAUAUUGAGUUGACUCCAAAACAUCAAGACGUAAGAUCUUCAGAGUUGACCUCAAGCCCAUGGUUACAGAAUAUGAAAUAUAAAGAAUUAAUCACAGAGCCAACACAUCAAAUUUUGGAAAAGAUUGUGUUAACCCCAGGGCCAUUGUAUCAAAUUGUAAAAUCUGAGGAAUUAGCACCAGGACCAGUUCCUCAGGUUGUAGGCACAAUAGGAGUAGCCAGGGGAUCAGAGAUUUAUGUAAUGGAUUAUUUGGAUUUAGUCCCAAUGCCUUAUCUUCAAGAACUGGCACAACCUGCAAAAUUAACUCCCAGGCCAAGUAUUCGAGUGAUGUCUGCAGAAUUAGCCUCAAAACAAACAUCUCCAUUUGAGGAACCAACAAUAUUGACUCAUGAGCAAAAGUUGACGCCUGCAAAAUCCUCAGAGAUAAAAACAGAAUCUCCUAAAGUUAUGAAAUCUGAGGAUUUGAAUCAAGGACAGAUGUGUCAAAAUUGGGACUCUAAGGAAUCAAUGUCAGAAGAAGAGUCACAAGUAAGUGAUUUUUUCUUAGAGUCCCUAAACAGCUCUUCAACCCCACUCAUUUCAAGUUCUGUCAAAACAUCUGAAUUAGGAAGCCUUUGGGGUUCUGGGAUCUCAGAAGUAUCAAGAGCUUUGGAUAUGAAGAACCUUGGGACAUAUAUUUUGCAGCCUGAAGAGUCCUAUUCUGACUCUGUUAUGAUGCAGUCAUCAUCUCUUCUCUGGGACCUUCAAAAUGAACCCUCUGAUAAUACAGUGAACAUUGUGGAAACCCCACAUCCUGAGACUGUGGGAGUGGAUAUCACAUUUAAGGAGAUAACUAAGAAGAAGCAGAUGGAGAAGUCAGAGGACUCACUCCAGAACCAUUCCCAACAUCCAUCACGAAGCUGGAGAUCACCAUCUGGGACUCUCCAGGGAAGAUCAGGGUCUCAAAGAGGUUCUGCUCGGCCUUUCUUGGGCAGACAACAGAAUGUCUGGGAGAAUCAUGUCAAUAGGCAGCGACUACCUAGAAAAUAUCUCUCUGCUAUGCUAACGCUAGGGAAUGUCUUGGGGACGACUAUGGAAAAGAAGCUUUGUUCUCGAAUAUGUUUAGCAGAAAGAGCCACUACAGAUAUCUGUAAGUCUAUUCAGAAUUUAUUUGGGGUUCCAGCUGAACUGAUGGAAUUUUCCCAGAGCCUGCUAAAGAAUGGUCCAUGUACUAUUUCACAGCAUUCAGUGGUCAAAAGUUACAUUCAGAGACAUACUUUAUGCCACGGUCCUGAUCAAAGAGGGACUCUAAGGAUGUGGACACGUGGCUCCACGGCUUCCAUAAUACGGCAAUACUCUGGGACCAGAUUGGGCACAAAGAAAACAGACUCAAAGCUCAGUAAUAUAUCCCAGGAAGUCACUCAGCAUAUGCCUAUCUCAUAUGCUGAGGGCCAGCUUCCUGCCCUAGCAAAGUCAGAGUCUUCUAUCAAGAUAUAUUAUAAUAGGGAGGAUCCUAUUUCCCAGGAAGAGAGUGAAAACACACAGAGUGAUUCACAGAGAAGAAUUUUUAAGUCCCAACACUCCUCCAAGCCAAGUUAUCUUUCUCCGGUCAAGACUGACUUUUCAGAACAGUUUCAAUUGCUACAAGAACUGCAGCUAAAAAUAGCAGCAAAACUCUUAAGGAGUCAAAUACCCCCCAAUGUGCCUCCACCUCUAGCUUCAGGUCUUGUCCUAAAAUACCCUAUCUGUCUACAGUGUGGCCGAUGUUUAGGAUUUAAUUGCUGUCAUAAAAUACAUACCACUUUUGGGCCUUAUCUUCUUAUCUAUCCACAGAUCCACCUUGUAAGUACUCCUGAAGGCCAUGGUGAGAUUCGGUUGCAUCUUGGCUUUAGGUUGCGGACUGGAAAAAGAUCCCAAGUUUCAAAGUAUCAUGGAAGAAGCAGACCCAUGACACCAAAUAGUCCUAUAGCACCAUCAAAAAGGAAAGCUAAAAUUUAUACUCCAGUUUCUAAGAAUCCUACUCCCACGAGAGAUUUCCAGUCUAGAGCUUUCCAGUCCCCUGCUCCUGUACCAGUCUAUAGCAAACAAAGGCAAUGGGGUAGCCCUGGUCUAGUAGGAAAGACAGAAAUUGGAGAGUUUGGGCAUUAUGAAUUGUCUCAUGUGCACUCCCUAUCAGAGAGUGACUCUGUAAGCUGCUAUCAGGAUGAAACAUGGGCUCAAGUGAGAACCAAAAAAUCCUGGGAUUCAAAAUUUCCAGUGAAGAGAAUCAACAAAGGAACACCAAACACAAACACUGGAGCCACAAUACAGAGUCCCCCUAAGGAAUUCCCAGCCCCUUUAAAAAGAAAGAGGACUGUGGUAGCUCGUACAAGUUCUGCUUCCUUAAAAAGACCAAUUAAGAAAUCCCCCCAGCCCAAGUUCCUGCGACUGCUCUUUCAGGGCCUCAAGCAGGCAUUCCAAGCAGCAUGCAGAAUGAUAGCUUCUUUUGGACAGAAGCCUGAGGACAAGACCAGGCCCGAUGAUUUGUGGUCAAGCAAAAGCUAUGAUUCAAAACCAAAAGCCAGAGACUACUGUUUACCAAAAGAUAAAAAAGGAGACGGGACACCAGUUGUCAAGCAAAGGCCACCUAGUCCAAGCACUAAGAAGGAGGACAUAUUGUUGGAGGACACAAACCAAAGCAAAUCAGCCCCACAGCCACCAACAGAGAGCCCUUGCCAAUCCAGACCUCUCCAACUGCCCAAGCCCACAGUGUCCCAAAGAGAGGUCACUUUACAAACGGCUUCUGUCAGGCAGACUUUGGGUGUAGUUCAAAAUGACAGCAGCAGCAGUGCCAAGAAAACCCUCCAUAAAGAUGAAAUUUCCAGUCAGAAGUCCAAGAAUGUGCUCAAAGCCGAAACCAGACUUCAGGUGAAGAGAAACGCGCACAGUGACCAUAACGGGAAAGGCCCUCCCAAGGAGGCCAGCUGCCACCAGGGGGACAGAACCCCGCAGAACGCCCCUGAGAAGAGCCAGCGCAGCCCUUCCGACAGAACCCUUUCCAGUGUCUCUGAGAGGAGCCAUCAGGGACUCUCAGAGGGGACACAUCGCAGUCCCUUGAAGAGGAGCCAUCACGAUGCCCCAGAGAGGAGACGUCACAGUCUCUUAGACGGGAGUCAUCAAAGCUCCUCAGAGAGGCCACCUCACAGUCCCUCAGAGAAGAACCAUGUCAGUCCCUCCGAGGUGGUAUGUCCCAGUCCCUCAGAGAGGAGCAUUUGCAGUCCUUCAGAGAGAAAGCAGCAUAGACCCUCAGAGAGGAGCCAUCGCAGAGCCUCAGGGAGAAAACAUCACAGUUCCUUAGAGAGGCGUCGAAGUACCUCAGAGAGGAGCCAUCGCACUCCCUCUGACAGGAGCCGUCGCAGUACUUCAGAGAGGAGCCAUCCCAGUACCUCAGAGAGGAGCCGUCGCAGUACCUCAGAGAGGAGUCAUCUCAGUACCUCAGAGAGGAGCCAUCCCAGCACCUCAGAGAGGAGCCGUCGCAGUACCUCAGAGAGGAGUCGCCAAAGUACCUCACCCAGGAGCCAUCGCAGUUCCUCAGGGAGAAAAGGUCACAGUCCCUCAGAGAAGAGGUGUCGCAGUCCCUCAGAGAGGAGACUUCGCAGUCCCACAGAGAGGAGCCGUCGAAGUACCUCAGAAAGGAGCCCUCGCAGCCCCUCUGAGAGGGGCCGUCGCAGUGCCACAGAGAGGAGCCGUCGCAGUCCUCGCAGUCCCUCAGAGAGAAGACGUCGCAGUCCCUCAGGGAGGAGCCCUCGAAGUCCCUCAGGGAGGAGCCGUCGCAGUCCUUCAGGGAGGAGCCUUCGCAGUCCCUCAGGGAGGAGCCCUCGAAGUCCCUCAGGGAGGAGCCGUCGCAGUCCCUCAGGGAGGAGCCGUCGCAGUCCCUCAGAGAGGAGACGUCGCAGUCCCUCAGAGAGGAGAAGUCCCUCAGAGAGGAGCCGUCGUGGCAGUCCCUCAGGGAGGAGCCGCGGUAAUUUCUCUAAGCUCUCCUUCGGCAGUGCCCCCGAGGUAAGAGGACACAGUCCUUCUGGGAGAACCCAUCACAGUCCCUUUGAGCUGAGGCAACACAGGCCCUCCGAGAGGAGCAAGCAUCGCCACCCUGAGAGAAGCGAUCACAGCACCACUGACAGGACGUGUCACCGUCCCUCUGAGAGAAGUCAGCGUCGUCAUUCCAAGAGGAGACACCGCGGUCAUUCUCAGAGAAGACACCGCGGUCACUCUGGGAGGAGACACCGCGGUCACUCUGGGAGGAGACACCGCAGCCACUCUGAGAGGAGGCACAGCAGCCACACGGAGGGAAUCCAACAGAAUCUCCCCAAGGAGAGGCUCAAGCACAGCUCCCCUAAGGAGAGGCCCAGACAUAGUUUGUCUAAAGAUUCCAAGAGUUACUCAGCCAUGCCUCCCGCAGACCAAAAGGACAACUUCAAAAGCAAGACGAGCUUGGAGGCCCGAAGCUAGUAGAUGAGGAGAGCUCUGCCCCUGUUAUAAAUCGUCUUCCUUAAAUUUUCUCCCUUUCCUGGCUUCUUUCCUGCUCAGCCACUGCCUCCAAUUCCUGCACCCUCAGCAAUGAAAGGGCUGCUUGAUCUCUCUACCUGGGGGAGGGGGACAGAGAAUGAGUCUGUAAUUUCUCUAAGAUCAAUAAAGGGGCAAUAAUUGA